AUGCCGUCUUUGUCGAUGUUGAGGAGGACGCCCCGGAGGCGGAACUCGGAAUUCGCCAAGCCGGCAGACGCCACCGUUGUCACCGUUGCCGAAGAUGUCUUUGGGGGAACAGGGGAUGUUGCUGUUGCUGAAGGAUUGGGUAAUAAUGGAAGGGGCCGAUUUGGAGGGCUUGGCUUGGGGUUGACCUUCAACAACACCAACAGCAACGAAAGUUCACGACGAAACUCGAUUGGCGGAAAUGGACGGGAGAGUGCUCAGACGACGACAAAUGAGAAGAAGAAGGAGCGGCGCGGGUCGAGAAGAGACCUGUUUCUGCAAGACAUCCGUAAUCGAUUAACCGGGAAGCUGCCACCCACCACCAACUCCUCCAACAACGCCUCGUCUCCUUCCUCAGGCACAUCGACCCCUCACCAACACCAGGCAAGUCCCAAAGCUGCUCCGCGGGGAAGAGCUGCAUCGCAGCCUCCAAUCCCAAUCUCUCAAAGGCGGCGGGAAUUUAUGAGCGACCGGGAAGGGGGAACACGAGGAGGGGAACAGAGAGGAGAUCAAAGAGGGGAAACAACGUCAAGACAAGGCAUGGGAACCCCAUUCGAGAAGCUGUAA